AUGAAUCGCUUGUUGGGCCACAAACGGCGAGCAUCAUUCGAUGUUAAUCAACCUCCGUCAUCAUUCAAAGUCUAUUAUUUAGGAAAUGUAGCAACAUCAUUAACACGAGGAGAUGGUUGUGCAGAUCGUCCAGCAAAAAUUCUUUGGGAUAUGCAUGUUAAAAAUCAAGGAUGUUUAGGCAGAAAACUUCGUUUAACAGUGACAAAUGGUGGUUUACAAGCGGAUAGUUGUAUAAAAGUCGGCGCGACAAAUGAGAUUACACUUUAUUGUACAAAUCGUAUUGCAUAUCAUCUUAUUGCUAGUAAACUUAAUCCAAAAAUGUUCAUUUGGGUUUAUAGACAUGUUAAUGUUCGAUCAGGCUUGACGACAGAGCUUCGCUGCCAUGCAUGUUUAUGUUCAAGUGAAAGUGACGCUAAAUCUCUUCUCGAUUUACUGCAUCAUCAAUUACAAGACUCUCUACGUGAAUAUGUACGUGAGAAAUAUCGUCGUCAAAUCAGUCGAUUAUCCAUCUUGUCAUCCUUGAAUUUACCGAAUCUAACAAUAUCAGAAAAAACAGUAAAUGAACCACCGAAACGUUUAGUAGCUCGAAGUCAAGCAUCAAAUUAUCGACCAUCAUUAGCUCGAUCAAUGUCAAAUAUUGGUCUUGGCCGUAUGGACGAUAUCGAAGAGAAUGACGAUGAACUCGCCAGUGAAGCAACAACAACAACAAUGUCGACAUCAUCAACAUCGUCGCUCGAUUUAGUUGCAUCAAAAUUGACUGAUUUAGACACAGACAAAAGAAUGAAAUUGUACGCACAUGCGCUGUCCGAUAUUUUGUGA